UGUGGGCCCACGUUGAUACGGCUACUGAAGCUUUGCUCCCAGAUGGCGUCGUCCCUCCCGAACUGAAGUGUCUCUCCUCUUCUCUCAUCCUUCCGGCGGCCGGGCGAGACGAGGCGAGGCGAGGCGGCCAGGACCCCCUUCCACCGAACCGCGGCGUCGGUGGCUCUCUUCUAGGAGUUGAAUACACGAGGUUUUCAAGAUGCCGAAGACCACAAGCGAUGCAAGGCUUCUGAUCCAGUCCCUGAGCAGGGCUUAUGCUGCCACACCAACGAACCUUAAGAUUAUUGACCUGUAUGUGGUUUUCGCUGUUGCUACUGCUCUUAUUCAGGUUGCUUACAUGGGACUUGUAGGGUCAUUCCCCUUCAACUCCUUCCUCUCAGGUGUCCUUUCAUGCAUAGGAACUGCAGUACUUGCUGUUUGCCUCCGCAUUCAAGUCAACAAAGAUAACAAGGAGUUCAAGGAUCUUCCCCCGGAAAGGGCUUUUGCAGAUUUUGUUCUGUGCAAUCUGGUGCUCCACCUGGUGAUCAUGAACUUCCUUGGAUAAGCAAUUGCUCUACAAGUGGUUCAGAUUUUGUAGUCCAGAUUGUGGUAGCUGGUCAGCGCGUCUCAAUUUAUGGAACUGUCGUAAUAUCAGAUACUCGUAUGAUCUCUCACAAAUUACUUAUGUAAGCCAAGAAAUUUUCCAGGAACUAUCAGUCCAAUGGUGGAUCCAGUGUUGACAAUGUAUGAGCACUUGCUUAAUUCGAGGAAGUGAAAAAGGCUAGAUUAUUUGAA